AAUCGAUAUCUAUCGAUAAGUUUUUUUUUAAUACCACAUUUAUUAGCUGGAUCUGGCAACGGUGGCCGUUGAUGCAACACAUCUUUACACAAAUUAUAAAUAAAUAAUUUAUUGUGACAUAAACCCGCCAUGCUAUCACUAAAAACAGUCUCCCAGCUCUUCAAGCAAACCCUUGCGUCGGGCAACAUAGCAAUUGUCAACACAGCCGGUCUUAAAUACUUCGCCCCGCCGAUCAAAUAUAAGAAUGUGGAACAGCCGGAGAGACCCAAGUUGAGGAUCAUGGAACGCCAGCCCCAGCUGCCGCCAAACAUCCGUCCACCGAAGAUGCAGAAACGCCUGCGAUACAUGCGCGGUCCGGAGAUGGUGCACAACACCCUGCUCCACAAGCAGUACGCAAUCGUGGCCACUGGCGGAGGGCGUCUGCGCUGGGGUCACUACGAAAUGAUGCGUCUGACCAUAGGACGCAAGAUGAAUGUCAACACUAUGUUCGCCACAUGGCGAAUUCCCGCGCCCUGGCAGCCGAUCACCAAGAAGGGACAGGGCCAGCGAAUGGGCGGCGGAAAGGGUGCCAUCGACCAUUACGUGACCCCAAUCAAAGCCGGUCGUGUCAUUGUCGAGAUCGCUGGCAAGUGUGAGUUCGUUGAGGUCAAGCGGUUCCUGCAGCAGGUGGCCAACCAGCUGCCCUUCCAGGCCACUGUCGUUUCUCAGGAGAUGCUCGACGAACAGAUCGCCGCUGAGGAAGAGCACGCCCGCCAGAAUGAGAACCCAUUUACCAUGAAGUACGUGAUCCAGAACAACCUCAACGGCUGCCACCGUUGGCUCUCGCCCGUGGACCACAAGUGGUUCGGCAAACACCUGUAGACGUACACAGGUACAGGUUCAAAAAAUAAAGCAAUCAUUUGUUAAUCUGUUAUGAAA